ACAUGCAUUAUUCUUGAAAAUUCUUGUUCAAUCAAAAAUUAUCUUUCAUUUUUUUACCCAAAAAUAACAAAAUAGAAAUAAAUCUUUUAAAAGAUGAGUGAUUUACCUGCAAGUUUAUUGGAUGAAUUGGACAAAAAGCUUAUCGUAUUACUUCGUGAUGGUCGUACAUUGAUCGGUUAUCUUCGAAGUAUCGAUCAAUUUUCCAAUCUAUUAUUACAUCAAACAAUCGAAAGAAUUUAUGUAAAUGAAAAAUAUGGUGAUAUACCAAGAGGUAUAUUUUUAAUUCGUGGUGAAAAUGUUGCACUUUGUGGUGAAAUUGAUGAUCAAAAAGAAUUAAAUACACCAUUGAAACAGAUACCAAUCGAAGAGAUAUUAGAACUGCAACAAAAUGAAAUUGAAGAACGACAACGUCGUGAAAAAAUUAAAUUAAAAAUUUUAAAAGAAAAAGGAUUCUGUCUAAAUCUUGAAUCAAUCAAUGAUGAUCAACUUUGAAGAGAUAUUUAUUUAAAGAGAAAAAAUUGAACACGAAUAACAAAAUAAAUAUCACAAGGAAUUGAAAAAGGCGAGAAAAACAUAUUAUAUACAACAUGAUGAUUAUUAUUAACAAAUACUGAUGUCAUUUGUCUGUUCCAAUCAUCAUCA